GCCGUGGGAACCUGCAGAGGGGGUGGCAUCCCAGAAGGCAGAGGAACCAGCGGCGGCGGCAGUGGAGGCCGAGUUCUGGUUGGGCGAGGUCCUGGCUGAUAACUCCGAGUCCUGGGAGGCUGGGGCCUGUGGACCUGACGACAGGGCCGAAGCUGGCGAGGGGCGGCCCAGGCCUCAGGCCCUUGCAGCCCCUCCUGGGGCAUCGGCCUCAAAGGCAGGCCGCGCUCAGCGCUGGCCUCUGGCGGUUAGGCAGUGGAUCAAAGCUCUCAAAAACCUUCAGGCACGAUAUGCACAAGUAGAAGCCCAAUUCUCUAAAGACCUUUAGGAUCUUGAGAAAAAGUAUGCUGCCUUCUACCACCCGAGGGGCAAACAUAUGGCAUACCUCACUUUUGGCUGACGGGCUUCUAAAAACGUAAAGAUUCUCAGUAGGAUGACCUGAGAAAAUGAUGAAACGGCACAGGGGCACUUUUCAGUGGUUGAGGAAUCAAUGAGCUUCGCCGUAGAAUUUGUCUUUAAAUCGGGUGAACGUUUUCCAGUGACGUUCUGGCAGAAACAUACAAAAAAACUCUCAGGAUCAGAUGAUUUCGAUCCCUUCUCCAAAGGGCCAGAAGUAAUCAGCAGCACAGUGUGUGAGAUCUACUGGAAAGAGGGGGAAAAUGUUGUGAAAACUGUCAAGCAGCAGAAGUAUGAGGGCCAUGGAAGUGUUGUAUCAACCAGUAGGAGCAUGGCCAGCUAUUCUUUUCAUUUCUUUCUUUAUUUUCUGACGUAUUUGUCUUCUCCAGAUCCUCCCGAGGGCAGAGAACUAGAUUCUGCUGCUGAUUUUAUACCGGGAAAUGUUAUCCACCACCUUGUGAUGCCAAAGUCCGUAUCAUUCGACACUAAAGAAGAGAGUGAACAUCAGUAUGGAAACGCUGAUGAAGAGAAAGAUGAUGGAAAUGAGAAACCAGAAGAAGGACCCAAGCUGGAUAUGGUCUCAGCAGAGGGCAGCUCUGGAGAAUACAGUUGGAAGGCAUAAAAAGAAGUGGACAGCGAAAGAAAAGAAGAAUUUGUUCUUCACGGAUAUUCUAGUUUUCAUUAGCCCACAAUACAAAUGUUGUUUCAAAGUUCAACAUCCCAAAAUGAUAUUAACUGACAUCUGACUUUAUUCUUACCUUUGACAGAUAAAUUUGACAGUAUUGUUCACAUUGAAAAUAAAAGCUUGUUUGACAUGGAUAA